AUGACGCUCCGGCUUCUCCUUCGAUUGCUGGUCUGUAGCUGUUUACUGGUAUCUGAUGCUGAUGGAAAUCACACGCUCCACCUAUCGGGAAUCACUACAGUCCCUGGCCCUCCGGAGACGAUUAUCCGAGAAGACGAGAAGUCAGACGAUACGCUCCCAUCGAGGCCGCAGCCGCAGGAGUUUAUGACUCAAGGAGGCGUCUUAGAACGUACAAAAGAUUUAGGCCGUGAAACUGAUGAAAACCCAUCGGCGAACGCGACCUUUACGGACUCGGUCAACUCGGAGCCGAAUGCUAAGGAAGAGACAAAGCAAGAAGUCCCUGAACCUUCGAUGCCGCAUAUGCUGGCAGAUGAUGAACAAACACGUUUGCCAAGAUCAGAACGGCACACUUGGAAAGAGGAGGAGGAAGACGACCCUCCAUACUGGGAACAAGUUCCUUUGGAUGAGGAGGAGCGGGAAGCGCUUUUAUUGGAGCUGCACGCGAACGAGAAAGUGAAGCGGGAAGGAGCUCCACAAGACAAGGAAGCUCGAGGCAACGGAGAUAAUGAGAACGGUCUAUUCCCAUUUCGUCCAUCGGUACCCAUGGCUACUACAGUCCCUGGCCCUUCUGUUCUAACCGCUUGGGAAGAACGGGAUCGAGAAGAUAUGCUCGCUUUAGAGCCGCAUGUAGGAGUAAAGUUGAAACGAGAUGGUACCUUAGAACAUGAGAAAGAAGACAACUCAUCUGUAUCAUCUGUAUCAAGCGAAUUCACAGACUCUAAUGAUUCGGAGCAUCCGGAGCAUACCAUAAGGCAAAUGAAAUCAAAUGAUGAUGAAGACGAGGACGAGAAGCACGAUGUAACAUUUGAAGAAGAUUUAACAGGGGAAAAGCGUUCCCACAAAUUUCAUGGGCAUUGGAAGGAUCAUCGCGACAAUGACGAUUACUACAGGGAGAAUAUCCAUGUAGAAGUUCGAAUACGAGAAGCGGAAUGUUACUCAUCUCAUACCGAAUCAUCUUUCAUCGUAUUUCUGGUAGCAUUGGACUUUUCCCAUGUCUAUCUUUCAUCAGUACUUAUAAAAAGCGAAAAAUUUACCUUUGACAAUGUCACAAAUACUCACUCCUACAAAGGUAACAUAGAUUGUGUCCCGAGAGCUGAUGCUGUGUUUAUUCGUUUUGGAAGUGAACCAGAUGAUCCAUGGGCCAUUGAUCAGAUCGACGUUGACGUCAAAUUCUAUCUUGGAUCAGAAGAAGAUGACUGGUCAGCUCGAAAAGAACUCCAACAAGCUCUACUUACUGUAUAA